GCGAACCCGCAAGAGUAUUCUAGGCCGCUCGUGUGAUCAAACAGAUCUACUCCGUUCCCGUGAACAUCAUCGAGAUUAGAGGUGUGGGCUCUCAACUUUAUUCCAAUGGCGGACUGGGGUCCUAUGAAUCUGUAUUAAGGUGCCGAUCGCCGCAUUCACACCCGAAGAAGUUGAGACUGACAGCAGGAAGAGCUUGUUCAAGGCUGGGAGAAAUCGGAGCACCAUUCGCUGCUUCAUAACAGUGGGCUAGGUGAUCAAGCAGGAGUGCUGCUCUGACAGCAAGUGCAAACCCAGGUGUGGCUGUGGCUCAGCAAGCGCAGGGCCAGUCGAGGCGUUUCACCACCAUGGAUGUUGAUGAGGAGGAGAACAUGAAAGAAUACAUCAUAAAACGUCAUGACAGUUCAUGCAGCACCGACGUAAAGGAAAACCGCAACCUGGACAACGUCUCUUCUAAGGAGGGAGCUGGCCUGGUGGAGCAGCUCCCCAACGGUAGUGGAGGAGGGGGUCGCAAGCGCCCUCUGGAGGAGGGCAACAAUGGCCACGCGCACUCGAAAUUCAGACCCAAGAAACGUAAGAAAACUCCCGGGCCGGUUCUGCCCAAGAACGCCCUGAUGCAGCUGAAUGAGAUCAAACCAGGCUUGCAGUACAAGCUCCUCUCGCAGACCGGCCCGGUCCACGCGCCGGUUUUCGUCAUGACCGUCGAGGUUAACGGGCAGUUGUUCGAGGGCUCGGGGCCCACAAAGAAAAAGGCCAAGCUGAAUGCCGCUGAGAAGGCCCUGCGUUCCUUCGUUCAGUUCCCUAACGCGUCUGAAGCGCACCUGGCCAUGGGCCGUACGCUCACCGUCAACACGGAUUUCACCUCCGACCAGGCUGACUUCCCUGACAUGCUCUUCAACGGGUUUGAGACGCCGGCACCGCCCGAGGAAUCGUUUUUUCUGGGCUCCAACGGCAACGGCUCCUUAAACCCGCUGGGAGAGUAUCCCGUGCCCCAGGCGCCAGGUACGAACAGCCUAGUUCAGGCGCCCCUGCAACCGCCCUCCUCCUUCGCCUCCUCGGCCAGCGGCAAGAACCCCGUCAUGAUUCUCAACGAGCUGCGGCCAGGCCUCAAAUACGAGUUUGUGUCGGAGAGCGGCGAGAGCCAUGCUAAGAACUUUGUGAUGUCCGUGACUGUGGACUCGCAGAUGUUCGAGGGCUCGGGCCGAAAUAAGAAACUCGCUAAAGCCCGGGCGGCCCAGGCGGCUCUGUCUGCGCUCUUCAACAUGCAACUGGACCAGACCCCAUCUCGCCAGCCCAUCCCCAGAGAGGGCCUACAGCUGCACCUGCCACAGGUUCUUGCAGAUGCCGUUUCUCGUCUGGUAGUGGACAAAUUCAGCGAGCUCACGGACAACUUCACGUCUCCACACGCACGGCGGAAAGUUCUGGCGGGUGUUGUCAUGACAACAGGCACUGAUGUCAAGGACGCUCAGGUCAUCUGCGUCUCCACGGGAACCAAGUGUAUAAACGGCGAGUAUAUGAGCGACCGUGGCCUGGCGCUCAACGACUGUCACGCUGAAAUCAUUGCUCGUCGCUCCCUGAUCAGGUAUCUCUACAUGCAGCUGGACCACUUCUUAAGCAACAAUAAAGAGGAUCACCAAAAGUCCAUAUUCAUGCAGUGUGACAAACGUGGCUUCCGGCUGAAAGACAACGUCCAGUUUCAUCUUUACAUCAGCACAUCGCCCUGUGGCGACGCUCGGAUCUUCUCUCCGCACGAGGCGGGCGUAGAGGACCAGGGAGACAGACACCCCAACAGGAAGGCCAGGGGCCAACUGAGAACCAAGAUCGAGUCUGGAGAGGGAACCAUCCCGGUGCGCACGAGUAACACCAUACAGACAUGGGACGGAGUUCUGCAGGGGGAGCGGCUGCUUACGAUGUCAUGCAGUGACAAAAUCGCAAGGUGGAACGUGGUGGGCAUCCAGGGCUCUCUGAUGAGCUACUUUACUGAGCCCAUCUACUUCUCCAGCAUCAUCCUGGGCAGCCUGUAUCACGCUGAUCAUCUGUCCAGAGCCAUGUACCAGCGGAUCGCUGACAUCGAAGACCUGCCCCAGCAAUUCUCCCUCAACCGCCCCCUCCUCAGCGGAAUCAGUAACGCUGAGGCCCGGCAGCCAGGAAAGGCCCCCAACUUCAGUGUGAACUGGACGGUGGGAGAUCAGGCUCUAGAAGUCAUUAACGCCACCACGGGCAAGGAUGACAUGGGCAGACCCUCACGUCUCUGUAAGCACGCCAUGUACAGCCGCUGGGUGCCACUACACACUAAGCUCUCGUCAACUCUGCGAAUCAAAGUGCCCAAGCCCAGCUCGUACCACGAAGCCAAACAAGCAGCGGAGGAGUAUCACACAGCGAAGCAAACGCUCAUCAAGGCCUUUCACAAAGCGGGCCUGGGUGCCUGGGUGAAAAAGCCCAUAGAACAGGACCAGUUCUCACUGAACUCUUGAACAGGGGGACAUAAAAAGACCAGGACAUGACAACAACCAGCUGUUAAUACUUCACUUGAUGUGCGGGUGUGUGUGUGUGUAUGUAUGUGUGCGUGUGUUGCUGUUUGUUCUCAGACAAACUAAGAGCCCUUUAGUGUCUGUCAUUUUGCUCUCUCUGUGUGAAUCAUGACUUUGCCUUUAUAAUUUGUAAUGUAGAAGCAGGUUGUCAUUUAACGUGCGUUUGUUUUGAAGUUAGCGGCACUAGCCUUCCGCAGAUAACAGGAUGUAAUGUCAUUUGUAACUGGAAAAAAAAAGUUAUUUUUAGUUUUUCAAACUAUUUUCACGAGAGACGGUUGUUCUUCUGACAAAACCUCGACGCCGUAAAGUGUACGUUACGUGGCUUCAGGUCGACCACACAGCUGUGCGCACGGGUCUGAAGGUUUCCUGGUCCAGCCUACCCAAAUGCUGGCUCACCUUUCGAGCAUGAUUCUCCUUGAUAUGCAAAACAUAAGCAUAUUUAUAUUUUUUAUUCCGUUCCCUCUGGAUUUUUAAAGGGGAAGAAAUUCACAUAGAUCAUUACUAUAACGCAUGGUCCCUUUAGAAUAGAUAGACACACUUUUGUCAGGACUUUAGUGUAGAAUUAGCGUACACGGUCUUUCUAGAAUAGGAAUAGAUUUCAGAUUUUAAUUUGACCUCGGAGGGAAACUCGAUUUUUUUUUUUUGCGUACGGUUCCUUUAGAGCUUGGAAACGAAAACUGUAUUCUCAAACGGUAAAUUGAAUUGGAUAAUUUGAGUAUUCUUAUGGAUGCAAUCAAAGUGCAUUGAUCUUAUUAAACAAUGUUUCGUGGCUAUUUAAAUUCCUCAGAGGUCUUAAAUGCAUGUGCGAGCAGCCUCGCUCAAAGAAAGCCCUUUAUCUGGGCUAAAUACAUUAGUGGCCUGUAAUGGACCAUUUUAGAAGCCCUUCUUUUCUUUUAACGUUUCUACACUGUAUUGACUUAAAGCGGCAUGGAGUCCAUCGAAUCACUCGGACGGAUUUCCCAGAGAGCCUGAUGUGCUAACGUGAUCGAGUUACACUCGCGUUAAAGGAACAGUUCCCCCACACGCACUUCUAUUCAAAUAAAUCAAAUAAUAGCUGUGCAUGACGAACUCAUUCGAAACGACAUGUUGGUGAGUUAAUAAUCAGGUUGUUUCUGGUUGAACUCGUCCUUCAACGUGAACGUGCUGCAUUAAGUCACUGCAGAUUUCGAGAGUUUUUCACGAUGGCAGAACGGUCUGAAAAAAACGAUGCACGUUUAUUAUUAACAAAAGUCAUCUCUGCAUGCGGAAGCGAUGGUUUGCAGGGGCGACUCUGACUUUCACUUUAUCCUUGCAUCUAGUUGGAGGAUCUUUUCUUUUCCUGCACAGACCCGAAUCCUCCGAGACCUUGUCCUUGAGGAAGAGGUUUUCCCUCCGCAGACUUGUGCUGUAGGAAGGUCUGAGCCAGGAGCUCAGGUGCUCUUUGAUUUAUGGCUUAUCCAGUGCUGCAUGUUUGACUGGUGAGGCUAUAGAGAGCUAGGAAGCAGAACUAUUUUCUGUACCGAACGUUCUUUUUUUUAAGUUGAGCUUUGGUGGUUUUCAGAUUCCAGGAGUGUUGCUGUAUAAUAUAAACUCCUGGUGGGAUUUAUAACAUUUCAGAUAGAUGGUUUGACACACAAAAUGUAAGACACAAGGCUGCGUAGCUGACCCAGACAUGAGUUACUCACCCUAAAACCAGUAUGCUGUAGUUUUUUCCUUGGAGGUUUUUAAAGGAUCUUUAUGCAGCUCUUUCGAGUAGCUCAAAAAGGACUAAAUAUCGACAUAAAUCCAGCAUGACAUAUAAUAUUUCAGAUCUCAGAAAUCAUUUGUGUGAGGAAUAGAUUGAAAUGUAAGGAAUUAUUCAAUAAAUGAAAUCAGUUUCCAG